GUUGUGAACGGCGUCACCACUCACACCAGUCACAAACAAGGCCCUGAUUUUUUUUUUCAUAUUCGGGUAACCCGACUACACUCCUCACCCGUGGCUCUCCGGUGGUUGCACCGCCCACGCAAACCUAUUAAAUCGGCGAACCAUCAUUAUAACAACCAACCCUAAUUUACCCCUCUAUUUCCUCUCAAACUCUUCACUUUCGGUGCAACAGCAAUUUGUUUAACUCAGAUUUCAAGUUGAUAUCUGGACUUUUAGAGAAAUUUUUUAUAACAAAUUCAAGUAAAAUACACUUGGAGUUUGGAUUUUGCGAGUAAUGUGUUAUCAGUAAUGGGUAGAAGAAAGCAGAUUCGGCCUCGUAGGGCAGGGGGUGGUGACAACGGCGGUGUUUCCAAAGAGGAAUCACGCGACCCAGACGCAUCCGGAGCGUUAGAAAAUGAGAGUUCUGGUGAUGAAAAGCCGUUUUACGUUGAAGUUGACAGGAGUAAUUGGGGUUCAGAAGAGCAUUACGACAUUGCAGAAGUGAUUUUGAUAAAUUUAAAUGUGUGUGACGAGUUUCAGGCUCAGAAAAGCGAGGAGCAAUGUUGUUUGGAUGAUGAUAAGUAUAACUUAAGGUUUCGGUUGAGGAAUGUGAAUGAUAAAGUCACCCGCGGCCGACCGAUACAGAGUCUAGGUCAUUGGCGUUGGUCGAACGUAUCUGCUACUGAUAUCUAUCUGGAAUUCAUUGAGAAGCGAGAAUCGUUAGACAUAGAUGCACACGUGAUAGCAACCGGUAACUUUGACGGGCCUAAUGAAGGUGUUUCAGGGCUUGUUCACUUGGUUGAUAUGAAGUAUUUGACUUUAAGGCCGGUUACAGGGUUGACUUUUUCUAGUAGUUCGCCGUCUAUUAAAUUAAGAGUAGAAAUACAGAAGUACACUUUCGAGGCUUGUGAAUCACUUAUCGAGGACGCGAGAAGAUCACCAUGGCAAAAAAGUAUGAUGAAUGUCAUGGCUUGGUUACGCCCUGAAGUAAUGACCUCCGAGGCCCGAUAUGGAUAUAAGAUGCCUGCUGACAUGGCAGUUGGAUUAGAACCGAAUGAAGAAUCUGUUGCUAGUAGGAAACGCGCUAGGUUCGAUGUUUCUGGUUUUUACGAGGCAAUAAAACCGUCAAAGGAUAAACCGAUGCUAACUGAUGACCUGCCUGAUUUGCUUCCUGAGCUUAGACCAUAUCAAAGGCGUGCAGCUUUCUGGAUGGUUCAACGAGAGAAACGAGCAUUGGAAUACCUUGCUGGAAGUCAACCUAGUCAACAAUCUGUUUCACCCCUAUGCACACCAGUGGAUUUAGUCGAUUCCUUCUCUAAAAUAUAUUACAAUUCAUUUAGGGGCAGUGUUUCAAUGAAUCCUGAGAAUGAUUCAUCUUACUUUGCUGGUGGGAUUCUUGCAGAUGAGAUGGGCUUGGGAAAAACGGUUGAACUUCUUGCUUGUAUAUUUGCUCAUAGAAAACCGGACUCCAAAGCUGAUGAUAUAAAGGAGAACGGUGAGCAGAAACCUAAGAACAAAAGAAUGAAAAGAGAUCGUGUUGAGUGUGUGUGUGGGGCCGUAAGUGAAAGCUCCAAAUAUAGAGGUUUGUGGGUGCAGUGUGAUGUCUGUGACGCGUGGCAACAUGCUGAGUGUGUAGGUUAUAAACAUAACACAACAAAUUCGGAUAUAAGUAAAGAUUCAGACCUGAAUGUUAAUACGCGAAAAAGAAAAAGUUACAAAGGCUCGAAAGUAGUUAUCUGUGACGAAAGUCAUGUUUGUGCGCUUUGCUUAGAACUGAUUCAAGCGGAUUCCCCUGUUGCUACCGGUGCAACCCUUGUAGUAUGCCCCGCACCUAUAUUGCCUCAGUGGCGUGCUGAAAUUACUCGUCAUACAAGACCGGGUUCACUAAAAGUCUAUGUUUAUGAAGGCGUUAAAACCACUACGUUUUCUAGUAAACCUGUUCCGAAAAUCGGUGAACUAAUUACUGCUGACAUUGUCUUAACAACGUAUGAUGUGCUUAGAGAAGACUUAUCUCAUGAUACGGAUAGGCAUGUAGGGGAUAGGCGACCUUUGAGAUAUCAAAAAAGGUACCCGGUGAUCCCGACUCUUUUGACUAGAAUAUUUUGGUGGAGGCUUUGUUUGGAUGAGGCGCAAAUGGUAGAGGGUAAUACAACUGCUGCAACCGAAAUGGCUAUGCGGUUACAUGCUAUGUAUCGUUGGUGUGUUACAGGGACCCCGAUACAAAGAGAGCUAGAUGACCUGUAUGGACUCUUGAGAUUUCUCAAAGCAAAUCCAUAUGAUAUCCGUAAGUUGUGGGUUGAUGUUAUUAUGGAUCCUUAUGAGGGGGGAGAUGCAGGGGCUAUAGAAUUUACUCAUAAUUUAUUAAAGCAAAUAAUGUGGCGAUCGUCAAAAGCACACGUUGCUGAUGAGUUGCUACUGCCUCCACAAGAAGAAUGUCUCUCUUGGCUAUCGCUUACACCGAUCGAAGAACACUUUUACCAGAGGCAACAUGAGACGUGUUUGACUUACGCUAGGGAAGUUAUUCAGAGUUCCAAACGCAAUGUUUCUGAAGAUCAAACUGCAGGCGUUGAUUCAUCUGACUCUGUACUUACCCAUGUGGAGGCUGCAAAGCUGCUGAACUCGCUCUUGAAGUUACGGCAAGCUUGCUGUCAUCCGCAAGUAGGAAGUUCAGGCUUAAGAUCUCUGCAGCAGACUCCUAUGACGAUGGAGGAGAUACUAAUGGUUCUUGUCGGUAAGACUAAGGUAGAAGGGGAGGAAGCCCUACGGAAGCUAGUUGUUGCAUUGAACGGACUUGCCGGAAUAGCUAUAAUAAAGCAAGAUUUUCCUCAAGCUAUAUCGUUAUAUAAAGAAGCUCUGGAAUUAGCAGAAGAGCAUUCAGAAGAUUUCAGAGUCGACCCUUUGUUAAACAUUCACAUACAUUAUAAUCUUUCUGAGAUACUCCCUUUGACCAGUGACGGUCAACCGUAUUCUAAAUGUUCUGGUCCUGAAAGCUGCGAUGGUAACAGUAACAGUAACACAUGCAAGACGUGUGAUGACGAAAUACAUGAUCGAAAUAAUAUUUUAAACGGGUCAAACGAUAAGAAAAAUACCCCUAUCAGUUUUCAGUCAUUGCAGAUGACAUGCAACAAGUUAAAACAGAAAUUCUUGUCAGCGUUCAAUACAAGAUUGUAUGUCGCUCAGCAGGAAUUCCGGAAAUCAUAUGAGUUGGUUUGCGAUGCACUUAAUGAUAGAAGAAACCAGCAUACUGCCUGGUGGGCUGAAUGCCUGCAAGUUGUUGAGCAAGACAAGGAGUCUUCAACGGAUUUUAUGAGAAAGAUAGGAGAUGCUGUCUCGGGAACUCUUAACACGUCUAGAACGUCGAGACUUGCAGACUGCUUUAGGAGCAUAACUGCUCUCAAGUACUAUAUCCAAACUGGUUUGGAUUCAUUGGAAGAUUCUAGAAGAACACUGCUGAAUAGACUUCUGGAACUUGACCGGUCAAUGGAAAAUCCAAGACAAGAGGAUGUAGAACGAGUGAGAUACUGUCCAAACUGCCAAGUUAACGGUGACGGCCUCAUCUGUGUACACUGUGAACUAGACGAGUUAUUUCAGGUUUAUGAGGCCCGACUUUUUCGACUUAACAAAGGACAUGAUGGAGGGGUGAUUACAUCUGCUGAGGAGGCUGUAGAUCUACAGAAGAAAAAGUCCGCUUUAAAUCGUUUUUAUUGGACUUUGUCACAGCCUGAUAAAGGCCCACAAUCAUCGAGUGUGAAUAAUGAAGACGAUGGGAGAAAACGGGGUAUCGGGGAGAAAGUUAUGGUUUCUAAAUCUCCGUCAGAUCUGGAAGUUGUUCUCGGGAUUAUAAAGAGCUAUUCAAAGGCUCACUUAGAUAAAGAAGCUAUGUCAGCAGCCAAAAAACAUCUCUCUCUUCUUGAGGGAAUGCGUAAGGAGUAUGCUCAAGCAAGAUCCUUAGCAAUUGCUCAAGCUCAGGUUCUUAACGCUCAUGAUGAACUAAAUAUGGCAACCUCACGAUUACGGUUACGAGAAAAUGAAGAUGAUAAGUCGAUUGAUGCUUUAAGUCUUGAAGAGUUAGAAAUAGCAAGUGUUGAAAAUUCUAGUGAAAAGUUUGUCGCUUUAUCCUCAUUAUCACGUAUAAAAGGGCAACUUCGGUAUUUAAAGGGUUUGGUACAGUCGAAACAAAAUUCCCAUUCAGCAGGUGAAUGUAAACCGUCACAUGCUCAAGUUACGACAAACCCUGAUGCUAAUGAUAAGGGAGAAAAUGAAAAAACCGUCCGAUUAGAGGAUGACACGUGUCCAGUUUGUCAAGAAAGGCUUAGCAAUCCGAAGAUGGUAUUUCGAUGUGGUCAUAGCACCUGCUGUAAAUGUUUUCUUGGGAUGACUGAGAGGUGGAUUUAUCGCAACGGGACGUCUCAUGAUAAAUGGGUGAUGUGUCCGACAUGUAGACAACACACGGAAUACGGGAACGUUGCUUAUGUUGUUGAUACACUAAAUAAAUCGUCUGAUGUUUCCGUUUAUAGUUUUGAAAGCUCAGAAGCUUCCAUGACAGUCAAAGGUUCAUAUAGCACGAAGAUUGUAGCAGUCACAAGGAGAAUACUGUGUAUCGGGUCGACAAAUCCAAAAGCGAAAAUUCUCGUUUUCUCUAGCUGGAACGAUGUUCUUGAUGUGCUGGAACAUGCUUUCACAGCUAAUGAUAUUAGUUUUAUCAGGAUGAAAGGAGGGAGGAAAUCACAUGUUGCUAUCAGUCGAUUUAAAGGAGAGCAAGUUGGUGUGAACGAGCACGUGGACAAGAAAAAUAGGCAGAGUAAAACAAAUUCGGUUCAGGUGUUACUGCUUUUGAUUCAACAUGGGGCAAAUGGGCUUAAUCUUUUGGAAGCACAACAUGUUAUUCUUGUAGAACCGUUACUUAACCCUGCAGCUGAAGCACAAGCCAUUGGCAGGGUUCAUCGCAUUGGUCAGACCAACAAAACACUAGUUCACCGUUUCAUAGUGAAAGACACGGUUGAAGAGAGCUUAUAUAAACUUAACAAAAGCCGGAAUAGUGGUUCGUAUAUAAGUGGAAACAAAAAGAAUCAAGAUCAACCUGUGUUUACACUCAAAGAUGUGGAGUCUCUCUUCAAAGUUACUCCAUCCACAGUAGAACAACAGCACAAGAAAGAAGAAUCAACUGCAGAUUUAACGCAUUUGCCGCCAGCUGUAGCCGCCGGUAUUGCCGCUGAGAGGAGGCUGACAGAGCAAACAAGGUGACACCAAGGGGUUAAAGUGUAAUUAAAUAGGGUGCUAACAAAUUGUUUCACAUGAUCUGUAUCACCAUUGACUUGUUCUGGGGAGAAAAGAGAGUAGAUUAUUGUGAACAAUUUUAGGUUACAAUAGUUAUAGGGCAUUUUUAAACUGCAUUUCCCUGGAACUAUGAAGCACGGGGAUGGCAUAUUGCAUCGAGUACCCGCCCCGGGGACGGAUCGGGGACGUUUCCCAAACGUACCCGGAUAUUGGGGACUUCUACAAAAUCGUACCCGAUAUUGGGUACUUCCAAAACAGAGUAUCGGGGACGUUUCCUAAAAUAUUUAGGGUUUUAACUUAACCCUUUUAAAUUC